AAGUCUAACAAAGCAUAACUCCAUGUUGAAUUCUCACUUCUAGUUGGCAUCGAUGCUAUAUUACUUUCAUGUCGGUUUACUAUAACUUGUUAUGCAAUAACUUUAAAGAGGUAAAUAGAAGUCAUUGGUGGACGAUUGUGUUCUUGUAAAAGAAGGUGCUGUUCUCGUUAUCCGAUCGAAUCGACCUUUGUUAUCAAGGCAGAUAAUCAAUCAAGAAUGAUGAUCCUAUUUCUGUAAUGAACGCUUCAAGAGGAUCCAGCAGUAAUACAUUUCGAUGCGACCGGAAGGAAAGGCGUUUCAGGAUAAUGAUAUAUAUUUCAUGAUAUACUUAGUGUUGCCGUGGUUACUCAACGAAAUGCUCAUCUUCUACGCACUCUGAGCUAAAACCUACAGUCUGUUUCUUCGUACAUUGACAAAGCGAAAGUUUGCUUUAUUGUGGAAUUGAAUGGCGAACACAGCUAACUAAAAUCUUGUUGUGAAACUUAAAUAUCAUUGCGGAUUUCAUAUCUAAAGAUUAUAAGUAUCAGUAUUGGUAAGAUAAUACAUGGAAAUUCUCUAGUUAAUAUGCACUAUAAUAUUAUGUUUUCAACACUGGUCGAAAAUGAAAAGGACUACGCUCGACCAUUGAGGAUGAAUUCGUCAGGUGACACAUUGAGUCUGUACCAGAUGAGAUGUUAUUCGGUACUUCAUCCACUCAGUUCUUACCUCACCCUUCAGCUAUCCUUUGACUGUUAAUUUCAAUGUUUUUUUUAUCGGAGCCGAGUGGUUCUCGGAUUAGAAAGAACUGCAGGAAUCAGCGAUCAUAGAUCUAGAGAAUCGCUGAGAAGUUGGUUUGGAGACGCCCCCGUACCCCAAUUAAGGCAUUGGCAACGAAUACCUUCAUACCCCAUGUGUAUUCUGCUCCAAUGAUCCGGAUUAAAUCAUUGUGAAUCGACUUUGUAACCUGUAUUACCUUACAUUGUUCAUAGAGAAGGCCAUUCAGUGAUGUAUUUAAAUGCAGCAGUCCAAAUGGACUGGUAUAUUCAACUUUGGAAACCUGGUAUUAUGCAAUAACCCUCUGCAUACAAAGAACGAAAGAAAAUACAACCAUAACCGACGACAAUGCCUGAUAUUUAAUAGGACGAGAUUCGAAAGAGAAACUCUUACAAAGAUAGUAAUAACCAAGACGAAACGAUCAGUUUGGUGUUUGUAUGUUCCAGUUGAAAACAAUCUACAACUUGAGGUGGUAACUUCAUACUCAAGUUAAACUGUACUGGAACCAAUCUUCACCUGCCAUCAUCAUCGACAAUUUGAUUACAUGUAUCAAUAGAAAGACAAAAGAAAAGACAAGUGAGAGGGUUAUUCUUUACUGCGACUAAAAUCAUUGAGAAUGCUGAAUAUAUUCUAGAGAACUAUGUUCAUGAUUAUCAACCAAAGCUGGAAAAUCUUUUAAUCUUUUUAUGUGGAACGAAAUUUAGAAGAACUUCAAUUUUGUGAAUUUCGUUUAGAUCUGAUGGCUUCAUGGAUGAUCUCAUAUGGCAAUUCGAUAAUUAGAAACAAAUGUUGCAUGAUUGUAUGGCCUUCAUUAGGAGACCUUUGAUAUUGAUUAAUGAGGAUAACAUGUCAUCUUUCGAUUGGUUUCAUGGAUCAAUAAAUGUUCACCUGGAUAUAAAACGCAUCCUUUAUCAUGGUAAUAAUUGCUGAAAGAGGAAAGUUUAUCGACAAAGGCACUUGAUGAUCCUUUGUUAACUUCGACACAAGAAAUAACCAGUUAAUAUACAAGAUCCUGAGGCUCUCGAUGAAGAGUCAAUAACAAUAGCCUUCAUUUCAUAUUCGCAGUAAAAUACGAAUUUCUCUACAAUAACAAUUGUUUGAAUACUUUCAUAAUAUGUGCAUACUUAAUUGUAAUUUCUUCUGUCUUUGUUUGUUGUUGACACCUUAAUGACUUGAAUUUACCAAAUGACGUUCCUGACGAAUCUUCGAAACCGUGGGCCUAUAGGAUAUACAUGUUUUAAUUUUUGUACAAACUGAAAUCUCACAUCCCAUAAUGUCGACGAAGAACAGAAGAAACGCUCCGAAGUCACCACAUACGAUCAAUGCAGCUCGUGAAAACACACUCGACCACCAAGUCACUCACCACAGCGCCGGUGGUACUUACCGACGUCAUGUUAUAUAUCCGGACCUCCCGUUGUCUCUGGACGAAAUCUAUGACCGCGCCACCCGUUACACCAGUAAGUUCCUGGCACGGCCUAUCAUAUUCUACGACGACGACGAUGAUGAUCUCGGUGCCUCGAUUAGGAAUAAACGUGGUUCGGGUGACAGGAGAAUGACGAUUGCAUUAAGUAGUAGUCGUGCCGGUAAUCGGAAGUCCUUGCUUGCUCCUGAUACUAGUCGAAGGGGAACUAUUGCUGGUGGUGCUGGGUUGGCCUUGGGUUCGAUUGACUUUCGGAGGUUCGGUACCCUAGGGGAAAGAGAUGAUGCUGGUAUUGAUGAAGCUGCAUCCAUAGCUGCCAGUGUGAUUGGAUCACAAGAAGGUAGAAAACAGAAGGUGGUCAUCUGGCCUGAAUGGAGUGAUACUGAUGUCAAUGGAGAAAAAUGGGAUGCCCCACACAAACCCAAGGAGAAGGACAAGGGCAAGAGCCCAAGCAGCAUGCAACACUUCUUUGAUGAUCCGGAGGGAAGGAUAGACCUUCCUGGCAAUCUGAGACAUCGUGUAGAUCAUUGGAGAAGACCACAGGACUUCAUCACUGACAAGACACCAGUAGUCUAUGAUCCAGACAGCAAUCAGGACAUUGAUCUUCUCACUAACAAUGAACACCUUGAUGAGUGUGAGACAUUACGCUGGAUCACCAGUCAGAUCACCAACCUGUGGCACUCUACAGCUACGCCCAUCACCGAACCUCAUGAGGGAGCCACCAUAGCAGGGGGUAAGAUGCACCCCUGGAGGCCAUGGGACCACAUCUACGCCCUCUGUAAAGUAGGCAAGGCACCCCAUCUACAUGUACCCCUCUACAAUGCCCAUGGCAAAUACAUCAUCAGAAUAUACUGGAUGGGAACAUGGAGGAAAGUGACGGUCGAUGAUACCGUCCCGUUUGAUGACAAUGGCAAGAUGCUUCUACCCUGCUCCAGGUUGACCCAUGAACUUUGGCCUAUGCUCCUUACCAAAGCUCUCAUAAAAGUCUUCUCAUUAGAUUACUCAACUGGAAACAGCAGCUGUGAGUUUGGUGACGUGACUGUGAUUCAGACGUUGACUGGAUGGCUACCUGAAACAAUACCUCUACAGUAUGGUCAUUUAGACAAGGUGUGGGAGCUGAUGAAGAAGCUCCUUCCAGAGUUCAAGCUCCCUGAGCUGGAUCCUCCCCCAUCGGAGGAGCUACCUCCUGAAGAGGCUCCUAAGAAGGAGAAGAUGGGAGAUGAGAUGUCUGUGGUUACCAGGGAGUCUAACAAAGAUGGCAAAGGAGGCAAAGGAUUUGAUGGAAGAUCUGAAAAGGGAGACAAGGACUUUAGAGUCGGUCAUAAAGAGGACGUCAAAGAGGGAAAGAAAGACAAGAAGGACAAGAAAGAUGACAAAGACAAAGACAAACAUAAAGACCAGUCAAUGCCGAUGGUUCCAGAGAGCCCUCAAGUGACCCUGUUUGCCAGCUAUGUACACCCUCCUAAGGUACCACUCAGGAUCUCGGUGCUUGGAGAAAUGGCUGAUGCAUCAGAGAGGCUUCGUCAGAAUGGUCUUUCCCAUGUUUAUCCUCACCCUCUUAUGCUGACCCAGACCAGAUCUUGCCCCUUGGUAGCCCCACCACCACCCCCUAAGAUUCCUUCUUGGAAGCUGAUACGCCCCAAGAAGAAGAAACCAUCCCCUACUGAUGAACCUUCAGAACCUGAAGUGAAGAAACCAGAGCAGUUUGUUGAAAUAACGUCUCCAUUCGUCAACUACAAAGUCAGCUCUGUACCAAUUCCUACAGACACGAAGAGACCUAACUCCUCUCUAUCCCGAGGAGCUGUCUCCAGACCAGACACCUCCCAGAUGGGUGAGAUCUGUGAGGUGGAUGAGAAUGCUCCUGAGAAGACCGAGGAGGAGCUUGCUAAGGAGAAGGAGGCCAAGCAGAAAGCAGAAGAGGAGGCCAAAAAGAAAGAAGUGUUGGCUAAUAGUGUACCAGAUAUACAGAUGGCAGGAGUUGUAUCACCAGGAUUGAUGCCCAACACAUCCCCUAGAGAGAGACAGAAGUCAGCCAGGAAAACAAGUAGUGUCAAGGUUGAGAAGGUCGAUGAUAAGAAAACCAAAGAUGACAAGAAGGAACCAAAACUAGAUGUCCAGAGUCCAGCCCCGAAGAAGUCUGCCAAGAAAUCUCGGGGUACAGGUGAGAAGGAGAAGAUGUUCCCUGGCAAGCUGGAAUCCAAGGGGUCAAUGAAGGAUCUCAAAGGGUCAGGGGUCAAAGAGAAAAGCAAAGAGAGUGAGAAGGAGAAGGGUAGUGGGUCAAAAGAUGGAGGCAGCGGGCUGGGCGGGGCACUCAAACCCCCCGGUACCAGUGAGGGGUACAUGGACCAACCCCCUGAUACCUUCUCCGUUAUGACAGAUGGUGUACCCCGGUCUGCCCUUGGGGAGGGGUCAGUGAUGUUUGUUGAUGGUGAUACUCCAGCGGGGGACAAGGUCGAGGUCAAUCAGGCCGAUAAGAAAGUCUGGAUGGACUUUGAAGACUUCUGCAAAUGCUUCAAGACACUGUAUAUUUUCCACAAGCCAAGUUCUUAUAUGUGCACACACAAAGUAUCUGAUCUAAAGAGUGAGUUACCAGGCGUGGUCGCUCAUCCAUCUAGUGCUCGAGGCGUCAAGGAACCAAACACUACAACAUCUACCAGGAAGAGAACUACUACAAACAUUGAUUUAUUGGCUGACACUAAUGUACAAGCUACUGCUGGAAAGAAGUCUGCUGCCCCCGGUGGUCCAGCCAAUCCCAGUGGUUCAAUGACCUCCCAGACCCCUGCUAGGAUGCCCUUCAGUCCAUCACCACCACAUCAUACUACAACAGAUGAUCGAUCUCCUCAUUACAUGUUCGUUGAUAAUCUGGAGCCUACUGAGAUCAUUGUAAGCUUCUCAUCAUUGUCCAAGUGGUUUGAUCCUGCUGCGGACCUACCCAAGACUUCCCAUAGCUCAACAAGAGGAAAGGAUCAGCUCAAGGAUACAGAAUCCAUUGCUGGAUCAAGCAGUGUGGCUGAUGCAACCAUAACUCCCAAAGACACACCUGUGACACCCACCACACCCGGUCUCCUGGUAGCCGAGCCUUACUCCUGGAAGAGUCUGGUGGUCGGCCAACCCAUCUUGAGGAUUCGCUCCACCUUCACAAAGGCUGCUGCUCUUACCUUGCCUCCUGGGCGGCAUGUCCUACGUUUCAUGAUGACAGCUCCUCUAGGAUACCAUGUCCAUCUCUGUUCCACUGUACCAUUUGUCUAUGGAGAUGAGGAAACUGUGAUGACUCAUCUUACAAAGGAGAGUUGUCGGUUUGUAGAUCAGGCCAUGCAGGUCAUGCAGACCAUAGGUAAUGCCAUCCAGAACUUUGACAACAAGGAACUCUUCAACGCCAACAUGAAGGAACUUGGCCUCCUACACUGUCCUGUACGCAACAAUACCUUGGCUGUCAUACACAACCAUGAGGUGUUCAAAGAUGCCCUUUAUAACACAUUGCGGAGGGCACUCACCGAGAGUCUGACCCCAGAGAUGACCUUUGCUUGGAAGGCAUUCAACUUUGAUGUCCUUACUAAGAACAUUGCUGGGAUACCUGUCAGUCAGAGUCGCCCAGUCCCACCUGUCGAUAGGCCAUCAACUGGUGCAUCACGGAAAUCUGCCAAACUGUUGAGAAAGAAAAAUGCAGAGGAAGUAGAACCACAAGGCGUUGAAGUUCCAGACCAGUGGGUAGACAGGCAACCUACAGAACUAGAAGACGUGGCUGUGACUCUCUUAGCCAGGUACUGGAGAGGGUGCUAUGUACGUAAAGUCAAGGCAGCCAGGAGUCCAGGAACCGUUGCCAAUGUCCAAGCUAAGGAGCAGCUUCAGAAAGCCUGGAGCAUCAUGGAGCCAAACCUGGAGCAACAUGCACUCCAUCUAUUCAGGACAAUGUUCAAGACUGACCCUGAUCUGAUGCCUAACUUUACCUUCUUCCAAGAUGAGUGGAACAAGAUCUCCUAUGUGGACUUCCAAGGAACCUAUCAAGAACAACCUCCACACACUUGGUUUGUGGUCUUCAGGGAUGUGCUGUUUGUCCAAGAGCCUAUGUUGGUGGUUCCUAAGCUGUACUGCUCCAUACCAACCUGUAUGCUGAGGGUUGUUGACAAUGAUACUGGUGAAGAGAUACCAAGGGUCUUCCAGAGAGUGGCUCCUUAUGAAUACAAGAAGAACAGGAGAGGCUACACCUUCCUUGCCGAGGCUCGAACCAGUGACCUACCGCUGUCCAGCGGGAAGUGGAGGAUGCGUCUGAUUGGUUCAUCUAGUCCCCUCCCUCAGCCAAUCAGAGAUGGUAUCAAUAGUAACUUCCUUCUCAAAGAGAUCAGAGAUUAUUACAUCCCUAAUAAGGACAAUAUCAUAAUGAGGUAUGUUGUAAAGCCCCAGGAGGACCAUGUAUCCAGUAUACAGUUCAGUUCAUCCAAACCAGAUGUGUAUGUCAGUCUAGACAUACUAGACAAUGAGGAGUCUGUAGCCAGUACAUCAGGGAAGGGCCAUGCUGUCAUACCGGCUUUCACUUUCCUCAGAGAUAGAGAACCAGGGGAAGAGGAGAAGAGGUCAUCACGCUCAUCUGCCAGAGGAGCUCGAGGCCAUGGCAGUACAGCCAGUAUAGGAUCUGGCAAGAGGAAAACACACUCAGCCAGCAGUCACGAUGGUCGAGGAUCGCGUGCUAGCAGAGCAUCUGGAGAUCUUAAUGAAGAAGAAAUGAAGCCACACAAGUACAUCAUCCAAGCUAAGGUGAUGAGGAAGAGCUGGCCACUGUCUGAAAGCAGCUGGGCCUUCGUACAGGUCUUAAAAGAACUAGAGAAGAACGAGCUGAAAGUGGAACAAAACCAUUCCUUUCACCCCACGGCCAUCUUCCUCGAGUACAAAAUUCCGGAAGAUUACGAUGAAGACAAAAUGGAAUCUCCGUCGCGACUGAGAAGAGCAAGAAAAAAGGACAGAGUGGAGAGUACAUCGUCAGACGCAAAAGGGGAUAGAGAAGAUUCGCAGGAGAGAAGAAAAGCCAACAAAGAGCGCCCCCUAUCCCCUGGUAAGGGUGAUGCCAAGGCAGCAGCUAAGGAUCGUGGUAAGAAGGGCAAGGACAAGGGUAAAGACAAGGACAAAGAUAAGGACAAAGGCAACGCAUCUAGACCAUCCUCACAACAGUUUGAUAGUACCAAGCCUAACUGGACUCUAAGAGUGGUCCUGGACCAGACACCAACGGAGGAGGUGGAGAUCCGUCGUGAUACGGAACGUCAGGACGAGAUCCGUGCAAUGAAGCAGGCAUGGGAAGCAGCUGAUCCUGGUCGGGCUGCCAAGGCACAAGCAGCAAGGGAGAAGUUCCUCAAAGAACAUCUAAUCAAGCUAGAACCAGAAGAAGACCCGACAGCAGCGCAACCAGAACAAACAGAGGCUGCAGAAGCAGCAGAAGGUACAUCAGUUGGUCCACCGCAGACUCCAGCCUCUGAGAUGGAACCUCCAAUUAAUGAUACUAUACUUACCAAUGAGCCACCGCCUCCACCACCACCCAAGGAAAUCCUCAAGACCAUGGACUAUACACCUUACAUCAGACCUGCAGACUUCACAGGUGAACCCAGGCUGAAGGAUGAAGAGGAGGUCCAGAGACAGUUUGAGGUAAAGCAGAGAGAGAUCAAGGAAUAUACCCUCUUCAGAGAGGCUGUACUGGAUGAGAGAGAGCAGGAUAGAAAGAGAAGAAACCUCACCAAAGAGAAACAGCUCAAGAAGUGUAUAGAACUACAGACUAGUCUUGAUGAGAGGAGAGAAGAGAUCAAUAAACCAAGGGAAGCCUUCAGGCAGAAGUUCCUAGAGGCUGAGAAGAAACGCCUUGAGGAGAUCGCUGCAGCGGAGGCAGCGCUGAAGGCAGAACAGGCCAGGAGAUCACCAUCACCCAAGGGCAAGAAGAGCCCUAAAGGAAAGAAGAGUCCUGGAAAGAAAAGUGCUAAGGGAAAGAAGAAAUAAAGUGUUUGGAGAGUAAGGGUUGUCGCUUGUCUAUUGAAGUGGUUUCUGAUCAGUACAUUCCUUGGCUAUCAACUUUGUCUACUAGAAGAUGGUUGAAUUCUCAAAUUGUGUAACGCCAUCAUGGAUAAACCCACUCUGGUCGUAUCAAUUUGGUCUAAUUUUGACUUUGACUACUUACCAUGUUGCUCUUAAUUAAAUGAAAAUGCAGUUCACAAACAGUUCUUCUAAUCAUAUAGACUAAGUGGCGUUAGAUAAAAAUAGAUAUUAAUCCAGAUGGAUAAAGGCCUCAUUGGAAAUCAGACAAGAUAAUAAAUGAGUUAAAUGGCAAUAGACCACAUGGUUAGGUAAUUAAUUUGGUUGUAGAUGAAUUAGGAUUGGGUGUCCACCAAGUGGCAAGUUAUCCACUUUUCUUCAUCAAAUUGAAGGAUUUGUAAACGUGUGUCUGCCUACCAGAUUGAAAGCAAAUCGUAUUAACUAGAACUAAACACUGAAGAAACGGGUCUGAAUAGACUGAGUGAGAGAAGGAAUGGAAACUCUCUUUAUGAGUUGAUGGAUCGUAGAUGUUGAAAGGGUACUUAAUGGUUUAGGUACAUUUUUGUUUGCAGCAUGAGAGGAAAUCUUGUAAACCUGAUUCUUGUGAAUCCCUCAGAUAAAUUGACUUUGUUACAAACUCAGGACAGAAGGUAAAGAAGAAAUUAAUGGGGGGGGGGGGUCAAAAAGGAAAGGUUAACAUUCACUACCUGUCUGGAUCCCAUUGCAUUGGGACUUUUGUUAAAUUAGCAAUAAGUCUAUCAUUAAUGGUAGGUGCCAUAGUAGAAUUGCUCCAUAGCUAAUCAAAAUCAAUAUUUUCCUCUAAGUAACAAUUGAUGGCAAUGCUAAAAUUUCUGACGUUUGUUUGUUUGCUUGAUUUGGCAGCAUAGGCCUAGAAUUUCUUUUCUUUAAUUCAACAGCAAUAUCUCUUGGAGAAAAAUUGAAACUUUUCCCUGUUUAAUUUUUUUUUUUUUGAGAAUUCUGACCAAUCUGGUUUAAGUGAAGGUUAUGGGUUUGGAUAAAGAAAUCAAAUGAAGUGAGCAGAUGUUCCCAUGCAUAUUACAUUAAGAAAAUGUCAUGAGUCACUAAGUGCUGAAUUAGGCAGAUUUCAAGUAACUGAUAAAUUCAAAUACAUACUUUGUCAUUUAAUUUUCAUCAUGAAUCUUUAUGCAUCAAUUCUCUUCUUUGAUUAAAGUCCACAGUAAGCUAGGAAAUUGAAGGGAUUUUGGAAAGAUGAUAGGUGGAUCCAAAAGUUAAAGAAUCCACUUUUAUGAUUAAGUUAUAUACUAUGAGCAACUUAUGCCUUGUAUGCACUCCGUCCAGUAAUUGGUGCCUUUAUUAACGUACAUUCCUUAAAUACUUUUGACUAUUCAUCUGGUAAUUGAAUAUUUUAUUUCUGCCUUGGUAAUGAUGAUGAU